AGCACUGGGUGCUGCAGGGGGGUGCUCCGGCCGCUCCCCCCGCCCCUGCAGCCCCCCCGUUCCCCGAAGGCUGAGGAUGGGUCCCGCCGCCUUCCUGGGGCUCUGCCUGCUGGGCUGCCUGCUGCUGCCCCCCAGACUGCCGGGGGCCGAGGCCACCCGCUGUCCCCGGGGGUGGCUGUCCUUCCAGGGACACUGCUACGGCUACUUCGGGCAGCAGCUGAGCUGGAGGAGGGCUGAGGCGUGGUGCCAGGCCACCCGCGGGGGGCACCUGGCGUCGCUGCACAGCCCCGAGGAGCACCGGGCGCUCGCCGCCUUCCUCGCGCGGCGCCCGCGGCGGGGAGAGGACGACGAGGAGGGCGACAAGGACAGGGACAGGGACAAGGAGGACGGCGUCUGGAUCGGGCUGCACCGGCGGCGCCAGGGCUGGCUCUGGGCUGACGGGUCCCCGCGCCACUACGGGGCCUGGGAGGGGGACGAUGGCCCCAGGGGACAUCCCUGCAUCGCCCUGGAGGACUCGGCAGGGUUCAUGGCCUGGGAGGGCGAGGCGUGCGGCGAGCGCAAACCCUUCGUCUGCAAAUACGAACCCUAGGGGGGCCGGGGGGCCUGGGGGGGCCCGUGGCCCCCACUGCUGCCCCCAGUCCCUGUGCAGCCCCCCGAGCCUGGGGCGUGACCCCCACCCCGCAUCCUGUCCCCAAACCCAGCCCCAGACCCCAAUCCCUGCUGCCAACCUGCUCCUGCUGUGCUGACCCCAAAUCCCACCCCCCAAUUCCACCUCCUGUCCCCCAAACCCCCAUCCCAGAUCCCAAACCCUAUUUCCAGUCCUGCCCCCCAUCUUGCUCCCCAAAUCCCACAUCCCUGCCCCACACUCUGUCCCCCAACCCUGUGUCCUGCCCAAGCCCCCAGAUCCAGCCCCCCAAAUCCCACCUCCAGCCCCCACAACCUCUGGACCUCUGUCC